AUGUCCCUCGGAGCUAGUGAUCACGUGGUCAUGAGUUUCAAAUACAUUGUAGAGCUAAAAGUAGAAAGGAAAGCAGCACGAGUAAGAUAUGAGAAGUUAAACUAUAAAAGAGGUGGCUACACUGAUAUGAGGAAUUUAAGUGGAAGUGAACCAACCUCAAACAUACGAUUCAUCUCAGACUAUGAUGCAGUAUUGUCUCCUGAAGAAGUGACUCUGCCAGAUGACCAGUGUAGUCUAGUUGCAGCUGCAGCCAAGUAUGGCUUGGUUUUUGUCAGCUGUGUCACAGUUUUUAAAGUUUUUGAAUCCAGGACUGUGGUUAAGGAUGGAAAGAAGAAUCCUUUGGCCAGUAUAAAUACUGGUGCCCCAAUUACUCACAUCACUUGCAGCUGUGAUGGCCUCACACUCCUCGUGGUCAUCCUUCACAAUAAUGUUCCACAUGUCCUCUUCUAUGAGAUCCGGAACUUUGUGCCAGGUUGUGGAAAUCAAGUGCCGUUUGUGAGUACAUCACUGAGUACAGUUAGUGGAGCCCGGGUACAGGGACUUGCAUGGAACCCUCUUGACCCUUGUGGUGUUGCUAUAGCAGCAUCACCAGGCACACUUUCAAUCAUCUCACUUAAGGAGAAUGAAGUAGAUGUUAAAUCCAAGGAAAUUCAAGCUCGUGCCGUAGGAUGGUCUCCAAAGGGAAAGCAAUUAACAGUAGGUUUAGCUGAUGGUACUUUGGAGUUAUUUAAACCUGAUCUGACUCCAGUACGCACUGUAUCAAAGCCACCCAUGGAUGACAUUGGCUCAGUUCUCAGCAUUACUUGGUUUACCAACACAGAAUUUUUCAUUGGCUAUAAGAUAGAAUCUGAGGAAGGUGGACAUGUUAUGAUGUAUGUCAAUGCCCCGAAAGCAAAGGAGUCAAGAUUUGUCACCUACGACUAUUUAUGCAAUUACAACCAAGGUCCACGACCAGCCAUGUUUUAUCCCACUUUCUUCGCAGAAUGGAAUCUCUUGUGUCUGUUAUCAUCACGUGCCAACCAACUUGGAGUGUUGGGUCAAUCUGAAAGUGGGGGUAACAUGUGGUGUGAAUACGAGAUGGAAGAAGGUGCUGCAGCAGUAGUUCAGAACAUCUCUGUAACAGAAGAAACCUUUCCGUUAGGCAUGGCAGUGGACUUCACUUCAGAGAGGACUUUUACUGCUAAAGAUGAAAGCACCUUUGGCCCCUGUCCUGUAAUAUUCACAUUAUCAACUGGUGGAGGACUUAAUAUGUUCCACGUGAUUAAUAGGAAACCCGGUGCUGAAGCCUUAACUUGUGCCCUGAAGAACUUACCUAACAGUGGACACCGCACUCCACAGCAGUACAGAGGAGCUGCCUCUUAUAUUACUCCUGCAGAUGGUGCAUUUAUUAAUAUCCCAAAGUUCACAAUUAGUACACCAUCUGGCAUACAAGGACUACCUGUUAGUACACCUGCAACAACUACAGAAUUUACCACACCUACUGGGAGUACUUUUCCAGUUACAUCAAGUGCAUCAAGUUUAUUUAACAGCUCUGUGCCAGAACCUCUGACUGGGACAGGACAAAGACCUAAAUUGGCGCCAUUCUCUCAGCAAACAUCUGAUAAUACUAAACCAAGCUUUUCCUUCACAAAGACUUCUCCUGGUCUUCCUGCCCCAGGUGCUUCUGCAAGUACAAGCUCUUUCUUUGGAACAGCAAAGCCACCAUCACCUUCAGUUUUUAAUGCCUCAUGUGUGCCUACAUUUUCUCCAUUUUCAUCAGCAUCAGGUAUGCCAAUAUCAACUACUGGAGAUACCAAGGAAUCCCAUGCUGGUAAUGGUGCUCAGCAAACACGAAAUACAACUGGUCAGGGACUGAAGUUCACUUUUCAACUACCACAAGCUAGUUCUGUAGCUGGGAGUAUUAGUCAGGGUAAACCAGCCCUUAAUACCAUUAAUGUUACUCCCUUAAAAGCCAAAUCACCUCCAACAAGAACUGACGUUCCGAAGCAAAAUGAUGCUCACAUUAGUAGCAGAUCUCCAGGUCCAGCAGCUGUUCUUCCAUCAUUAAUUGCAGGAAAAGAAGUAGAUUCAAAUCUUAUAUCAACUAUUGCAGCUGCAACGGCUCAGUUUGAGGAAGAACUUCACAGCCAUGUUAAUGUAAACGAAUCCAUCAAUGAGAUUGGUGAAAAACAAGAGAUGGGGACUAUUCGGAAGUGUAUAAUUGAAGAGUCGGAGUGGAUCAAUCAGAUGUCGUGCACCACAGUAGAACUGAAAGCUGAGAUAUCACAGUUGCAUUCCGAGGUCUUAGAAGGCUACACGCUGCUAGAAGAAGCUGAAGCACAACUGAACAAAAGUAAAAAUCCAAGAUACUUUUUGUCCCUCCAAUCACGGCCCCUUGACCCUCGGAGCCGUAAAAAACUGGAAGAAAUUCGCUCUUUGUAUCAGUAUCUCCAGAGUCAGAUGGUGGAAAUAAAUACUAGACUUCACCUUGAUUGGGCUGCUUUUACAAAUAAUAUGAACAAUAAAAAAAAACUUGAGUUACCUGCAUCAGAGACACUCUAUCAAGCUCUUCGAAAAUGCAACAGCCUUCGGCGAAUGUGCGAGAGACAGGUAGAUACACUGUGUGACAGACUCAAGGCCCUUCAGAUCAGUUUUCUGACUUUUGGGCUUUCAUCCCAUCGGCAGUAUGAAGAUGAUGAUUGUCUGGCUAACCUUGAGAGAGCACUGAGGGAGACCACACUGAGUACAAGUCCUCGCCUAACUCUACUUAAAAUGCUCCCUCCUCAGAAGCAGACCAAGCUACAGAAGGUUCUCUCUCAAAGAAAGAUCAUUCCUCUGAGGAAAUGCUCAAACAUACCCAAGAUGGAUCUCACUUCGCUUGAAACCCUCUCCUUAUCUUAUGGUCAAAAUGGGUUACCGGAUAGAUCUACAUCACAGCAAAUGCAGCAGUCGUUUCCCUCUAACUUGGACGGUUCCAUGUCCACAUCCUUUGGGCCACAAACAUUUUCUACUCCCAAUAGAAUUAGUAAAUUGUCAUCUGUGAAAGAUGGUGUUGAAACACCUAAAAAUGCAGUGACCGUAAGAGGUAUACCUGGUAAUGUAAAGGCUUCUGUUGACCAGACAUCAAGUCAGUUUGUUCCUUUACCACAAGUUGGUAGCGAUAUGUCUUCCAUUUCCAACGCAGGAUCCAAAAAUAAUAAAUUUUCAGCAUUAUGUGUGCCUACAGCAAAUAAAACCUCUGGUUUUACCUUUAGUAGUGUAAGUGGUGGUAAUAACAGAGUAAUUGGAAAUGAAUCUGUUGGUAUUGCCAAGCCUCAGUAUGAAGAUGUAACACCACCUCAGACCCCAGACAAUAAACUGGUAACUGGGAUGAAAGCUGCAAGUCCAUUACUGGCCUUAUCUUCAUUAGUGUCCAAAGUGCCAACUACUACAGCCGUUGAUGCAACCCCACCAAGCUCCGCCUCACAUUCUGAGGUGAAGUCUAUAUUUGGGGAUGCAUUUAGCAUAAACCUGACAUCUGAUGUUGCUAAAAGUUUAACAACAGAUGCAGCAGCCAUUUCUUUGAAGGAUUUCACUCCUAAAUCUUUAUCUUCACUGAAAACCACUUUACCGUCUUCAGUUCCAUUUUCUUUUACACCUUUCUCUCCUCCAACCACUGUCUUCUCUGCUGUCUCGGCAGGAAACUCAUCUGCUAAGGCACAGGAUGCACCUUCUGGAAGUUUUCUCUUUAAGCUUCCCUCAACAGCAGUUGAAUCAACCAGUACAACGACUGCCUCUCAGUUCUCUGCAGCAUCUCAGGCAAAUGUAACUUCAAGCUCAUUUGCUUUCAAAUCUACAACUCUUAGCACUACAAAUAGUGAUACUCCAUUUAUUUUCAAGUCCUCCACACCAGCCAGUGGUCAGCUGACUUCAGUAUCCUCUACAAACUCUGAAGGGUCAUUGUCUGGGCCAGGAAGUUCUUCAGUUUCAUCAUCACUGUCCAAGCCAAGCAAUCUCUUUAGUGGUAUGAUACCUGGAACAGUUGAUAUUUCUUCUAAUUCAUCCCUAACUAUCACUGCUAUACCAUUUACUAGCCCAGACUUGGCAGGAGCCUCCAUCUCUAGCUUGCCUUCUACUAGUUCUGAAACAACACCUACUGCUGAAUCAGAUUCGGCCUCCUCAGCAUCAACUGAUUCAGACACGGUUUCAAAUGCAAAUAUUGGAUCAGAUAAUGUUCCCUUUCAAAGUGGUUCUAUUUCCUUUAGAUUGGAAACAUCAGCUGCAGAUGAACUUGAAAUUCAAGCAGCACCUACUAGUACUUUAACAGCAGUUCCCUUGGUAUCAUCUUCCUCUAGUAUUUUCAAUAAACAUACUAGUAGCGUGACUGGCAGAGGCUUAACCAAAGCACCUUCAGAUGAUGCCCCUGAAACAUCCCAAGAAUCAGAAUCCUCAGGUUUGUUUGAAAAUAACAGAUCUCCAACAUCUUUGAAACUAUUUUCAUUACCCACAUCAUCAUCUAGUAUAUUUGGAGGCUCAUUAGGUAUGACAGGGGGUUUAUUUGGUAGUGCAUCUGAAGCCUCUGGAAGUAUUGCUGCUAGUAAUACUACUGCUACUGUUACUACUAUAACUACUACUGCUGCAGCUACGAAGUCUAGUAGUAUUUUUGGAGGUAUGACGUCAUCUAUAAGUAUGUUUGGCAGUGAAUUAGGAUCAUCAAAUGGAAACAGUUUAGGAGGCACACCUUCAUCUACUGAUAGUUUAGUUAAUUCCAUUAGCAGUACCUCUUCCUCAACAACAAGUGCAGGGAUUUUUUCUCCAACUCCAGGUAGAGGGCUUUUUGCAAGUUCAUCCAUAUCUAGUGGAGGGCUUUUUUCAAGUACAGCCACAACAUCAAGUGGAGGGCUUUUUGCAGUUGCAUCCACAACUUCUAGUGGAGGGUUUUUUGCAAGUACGGCCACAACCUCUAGUGGAGGGCUUUUUUCAAGUACAGCCACAACAUCAAGUGGAGGGCUUUUUGCAAAUACAACCACAACUUCUAGUGGAGGGCUUUUUUCAAUUACAGCCACAUCAUCAAGUGGAGGGCCUUUUUCAAGUACAGCCACAACAAGUGGAGGGCUUUUUUCAAGUACAGCCACAACAACAAGUGGAGGGCUUUUUUCAAGUACAGCCACAACAACAAGUGGAGAGCUUUUUUCAAGUACAGCCACAACAACAAGUGGAGGGCUUUUUUCAAGUACAGCCACAACAUCUAGUGGAAGCCUAUUUGGUACAACAUUGUCGCUUGGAGGUGGUCAAGGCACAGGUUCCAUUCCUACAACUAGCAGCAUAUUUGGCAGUUCUCUCUCGAGUGCAUCAUCUACAGGCAGUCUCUUCGGUGCAUCAUCAUCUGCCGUCUCUAGCCCUACAGUAGGACAAACUUCUGCUUUUGGAACCACAACAACAAGUUCUGGCUCAGCAUUUAGUUCUCCAAGUACUGCUACCAGUGGCUUCAGUGUAAAUACUACAUCAACCACAGGAGGAUCAGCUUUUGGACAGACAGCUACACAAAGUUCAUCCGGAUUUGGACAAAAUUCUCAAAGUUCUGGUUCUUUGUUUGGGACACCAACCACAACAGGAUCAGUAUUUGGCAAUUCUGGUCAAAGUGGUUCAUUGUUUGGCAGUGCUACAUCACAAGGAACAGGAAUAUUUGGUGGGACACCUACACAGUCAUCUGGGUCAUCUGUAUUUGGUCAACCUACAAUAAGUUCAGGAUUCAACAGUGGAAGUGAUGGAUCAGUAUUUGGCCAAAGCUCAGCAGCCAGCUCUUCUCCAUUUUCCACAACCAGCACAAGUAAACCCGAGACUUCGCUGUUUGGAUCCUCAGCAGGAUUUGGAGCAGGCACAGAGAGUGGAGGAGGCUUCUUUAGUGGACUUGGUAGUAAACCAAGUGAAGAAAGUGCCAGCAAGAAUGUCUUUGGCUCUACUGCAUUUUCUGCCAUUAAACCACAGUCCAGUUUGUUUGGAGGUUCAAGUACAAACAGCAGUGUGUUUGGAAGCAGUGUGUUUGGAAACACUACUAGCAGUGCCAGCAACAGCAACAACACAUCUGCUACUGGGCAAGUUGCUCAAAGUGGAUUUGGGGUGACAUCUCCUCAGAGUCCAACAGGUUUUGGUAGUGGUACAGCUUUUGGCAGUCCUCCAUCCUUCGGAGGUGCCCCAUCGUUUACUUCUCCAAAGUUUGGAAGUCCUCCAACUUUUGGUGGUACAGCUACUUUUGGAUCUCCUUUAUCAGGUGCCACAGGUGGAGGGUUCAGCAGCUUUGCUUCAACAGGUGCUUCAACAUUUGGCUCAGUGGCAAACUCUUCACCAGCAACCAGUCCAGGGUUUGGAAGCUUUUCUGGUCAAAAUAGUGCAGCAUCGUUUGGAGGGCUUGCACAGUCUGCAAACCAGCAACAAAGCAGUGCAUUUGGAUCUGGUACCAAUGUUUUUGGAAGUGGCAGUAACUUCUCAUCCUGGCGUUAGUGACUACACUGGAACCUGGAGAUUUCUGCAGCUAAUUCCUUGCUAUAUAUGUUCACUUUUUAAAUGCAGUAUUAUAGAAAAAUUAAGAGUGUACUGGGCAUUAAAAUGCACCGGUCUUUUGUUUGUUUCUUAUCUUCUACAUGAGAUAAAAGACUUUUAUUUUUGUCUCAUUAUAAUCAUUGUUAUUUUGUUUUUUAAUUUUAUGAAAAAUAAAACUAAAACUUUUGACAGAAAUAAAGAAAAUAUGAAAUAUACUGUAUAUCAUUGGUUAUAUGUCUGGUUUAUAUUUUACAGAGUCAUUACUGAUAGCUUAAGAAUGUUGUAUAAACCUGUGUUUGGAGUUUAUGUACACACUGUAUGAACCUCAAAUUUUAAAUAUACAAAUGAACAGUUGCUAUUA